AUGGUAUUCCAAAGACGAGGACGCUCCAGCGAACGCCAUGGAGCCAGGAGCAGGGAUGCAUCGACUUCCUACUGGGCUGGAGACUUAUUAUCUAUGUCUUCGGGCUCCCAGACCAGCCUAGGAGCUCCAACAUCUCCCGGAAGAAGAUCCCCUGCCCCUCAUCAUGAACGAUCAAUGUCGGAUCAACCAGAGGUAUCCCUGGGACAUGUACCAGACCUAUCCCAGACAUCCAAGGAUAGUGGAUACCAGCUCCAGGCCGCACACUCCAGGAAAAGAAGCCCUGAGGAUCACAUCAAAUCAUCCAGGAAGCGAGCCUGUCAGAGCCCGGAUAGACGGCAGGUGGCCUCUGUCGUCUAUCUUCCUGUUGCCAGCCGGGAGCGAAAAGUCCAACCACGCCCGUCUUACCGACAAUCACGCCGGCAAUCACCCAGGCGAUCACCCCGUCGUCAGGUGUCUGUGUACUACAACACUGCAAGACACAGGCAGCACUCCUCCCCUGUAAGACGAGCCGCUCCCAGAAAGGAACGGCGCUCUUCACCCCGGCGACAUGUCUCUCCAAGACGGGAACGACGACCUUCGCCCCAUAGACAUAUCCCAAGACGGGAAGUUCCCAGGCAGGAGCGACAUGUCUCCCCCAGAUGGGAUCGACGCCCUAUGUCAAGGAGGCAAGCCCCAGAGCCACGGCACCAGGCUUCUCCCUCACGACAGGUCAGGUCAAUCAACCAAGGGCUGAGCGUCUCUGUCAUUAACAAGGCCGCCCCGAAAAUAGCAGCUCGAUUCCAGAGUAGUCAUCCCCACGGAAUGGGAUCGAGCUGUCCAAUACGGACGUGCGGUAAAAGAACCAGGACGCUGCGCCACCAUGCCUACGGAGCUCACCUCUCCCCCUGUUUCCGUGACUCCGUACCAGCGUCACAAGAAACGGCAAUUGACAUGAUAUCGGCCAUAGAAGACCUUGCCCGGCAGAUCUUGGGAGCAGGAGCUACCUGGACGGAAUUACACCAGUUCGUCCUAAGGAAUAGCCUUGUUCCCAAAGACAUACCCCUAAGAGGAAGCUGCUACGGGCAUAUAAAAGAGUUGUGUAACAUCAAAGGAUGGCUGUUACCAUUGGAUUCUGUCAACCUGUCGCCGGAUAGCCCUGCCUGCCUAAUACAUUGGAGGAUCUUGGUAGCCCUUCUGGAUGUCACCUCGGAUGGAGUCCGAAACCAUUUCAGGAACUUCGGGAACCUUCUGCCACUGCCAGGACCAUCGCCAUCUGUGCAAGCCACGCAAACAGCAGAGCUUCCCGGAACGUCCACUCGACCAACUCCAUCCUCAGCGCCGCCGAAUCCAGAGAGACUUCCCAGGGGUUUUGACACCCAUUUCCGCUCCAAUAGGAUGCGCAGCAGGCUCCAUCUGGACGCUGCCACACCCCUGGAAGAGGUCCUGGACAAGGCCGGCCAGCCAAAAGAGGUAACCAUCAACCUUCAGAAGGCGCUACAGAUCUUUUGCGACCCACCAACCUGGCCCCAACAACCAACUUUCCAUCAGUGUUGGAAGACAGCUGUCGGUUUCCACCAAAAUAAUGUGCAGGCCAUGGACCCCGACCAACUAGACAAGUUAAGGCACCUGCUAUCAUCCCAGGAUGUAAUCGCCUUCGGGGAAAUUGGCCUGGACUUCACUGUGGGAAACUGGGAACGGCAAGGGCAAGUCCUAGGGCAGCUCUUCAAGCUGGCACCAUCAACCAAGCCAAUCAUCCUCCACCUCAGGGGCACAACCGCAGACACUUAUCAACAGGCUCCACUACAGGAAUGCCUACAAAUUGCCAAGGCUGCUGGAGUACCGUCCACCCAGAGAUUCCAUCUCCAUUGUUUCUCUGGGUCAUUUAAAGAAGUGGCACUGUGGACCAAGCACUUCCCUGAGACGUGGUUUGGAUACAACGGGAUGGUGGCCAGCUUUGAUGACCAACAACUAUCAGCGUUGCGGUUCCUUAAUGCCAAGUGCUUCCUUUUGGAGACUGAUGCCCCAUAUCUGUGGCCUCGCCCAGGUCGCCGAGGAGUUAACAGCCCAAGACUACUGGGUGAAGUUGCAGCUAUGGUGGCCGCUGCCCGACAGAGUACCACCGCCAACAUCCUGGAGCGUGCUUAUGUCAACGCAAGGCAGCUGUACAGAGUAUAAUUAUUCACGCCAGGUGAAUGGGAUUUCUGAAUCUGACUUGGUCAGGACUGGAACUGAGUCCACCGAUCCGGUCUAGAUUCUAGGAUUCUCAUAGAAACAUUGUCCUAAUCUUACUUGGUCAGGACUGGAACUGAGUCCACCGAUCCGGUCUAGAUUCUAGGAUUCUCAUAGAAACAAUGUCCUAAUCUGACUUGGUCAGGACUGGAACUGAGUCCGACGAUCCGGUCUAGAUUCUUGGAUUCUCUUAGCAGCUUUGUCGUCUAUUUAAGUUACGUGAACCAACUCGGUUGCCACCAAACAAUCUGGUUGGGGAUUUUCUUAUUUAAGGCGUAUAACUAUGAGUUACGCGAACUGUCUCGGUUGAUAGCACAAAACUACUGCCCAACCCUGCAGGGAUUUUCUCAUGUUUUGGCAAGGUCACCUGUUAGAUCCUCCAUGUCCUCCUGAGACCACAAGGGGGGGCAAGUCCAGAAAAGAGGGAGGAAUGUAGUGAUUGGUGCUUCCACACUCGUACAUUGGGUUACAUCGGAUUGGCCACCCGAUGUUACUCGUAUGUUUCCGGGUGUGAUCGAGGCACGUGAUCAACUUACCCACCAAAUCUGACAGGUGACAAUCGACAGAUUGAGACUAGACAGCCGACCGAACGGACGAAAACCACAGAAGCUAAUACGAUCUCGAUCUCCCAUUCACCAAGCUUACGCUGUAAGGUAAGCGCCUUUCCCUAUCACUAGGCUUUCACAACAUUAGCAGCAAGAGCACUUACGGGGUUAUUGGGUGAUCAGAUUCGCUGACUUCCUGGAUGCAUAUCAUCGUAUCCUAAUUGCGUGGAUCGAUGCUCAUGAUGUUGUUACGAGUGGAAGUGGAACGAAGGGAUACACUCCAAAUCCAUUCGCACAAUGAAAGGAUCGCACAACAAUUAAGACAGAUAUUUAUUAACAAUGCAUGAUAGAUCACCAAUACAGCUGAGUUUAGUAUGGGAGAAUUAGGCUUGGGCUACCAUGUACAAAUAAUAUCACCAUCAAAGGGCUACAGCAAAUUGUAUACUUAUAUAGUCACCCUGAUUUCCAUGUUUGAUUGUUCACUCCACUCCUUGGUCCACGAAAACACAUAUAUCCAUAGUUGCACAUAAGCUCACACUGCAAGUUUUCCAAGGCACACGUUUGCAAAUAUCAGCAUGAUUUCUAGUUCAGUUUCACCAGCCCCGACAUGGGAUACAAUCUCUCACACAGUGUUCUGAACUUUAACAUUAAAAAUGAGGAGGUUAAAAUACAGGUCUGGCCAACACCCAAGAAGCAGAAAAACUACUAUUUUUUAAUCACCCCAACCUUAUACUAUAAUGCUGAUUAGCUACAAGCUUCACUUGUUACAUAAUUACUUAACCCGCUCAGGCAGCCAGCUCCCCAGGUGUAGUAUUCAAGCAAAGUUACACAACCCAAGCCUUCUUGUUUCAAUUCAAGUCUAAAUGCAUCUGAUAUACUAACAAACAUAUAAAAGCAUACACCCAUACACAUAACAAUGUCAAUCACUGGAUUGUCUGGUCUAUACAUGAUAAUUUACAGACCGCCGUCAUAUAGCUGAAAAAAUAUAUUGCUGAGUGCGGCGCUAUACAACAAAUAGACAGACAUAAUAUAAUAGUACUGACCCAUUACGGAUCCGAUUGUCUUAUCUUACCGUUUUGAUUCGCUUUCGUGGCAUUAUAAUUAAGAAAAAUCAAUUCGAACUUUUUCCGCACUUUUAUAAAUGUUUUACAGAAAAAGUUGUUUCUAAAGUCAACUCUGUACACGGAUCUUUCAGAAAUAACACGACAGGAAUGGCGAAAACCAGUCGGUGGCACAACGACAUUCAUGUCGCUCUUUUUAGCAUAACGUUAGUGUUUUCAAAUGUUUCAUUUCUUUGUCAAAUGUUUAAAUAAUUUGAACUUUUUGUGUGAAAAGUAAUAAUGACACAAUACUACACAUUACUGAACCGGCGCCGAAAGAAAAGAAGAAAAUUAUAAACGAAUAAGAUGUGUCUUGAUCUGUAUUAUUACUGUAGCAUAUAAACAAUCGUGUGUGUAAUAUGGCGUGUUUGUGUUGUGUUUAUCUUAAUCCUCUAUAAGCUUCCCGUUUAAUUAAUAUAUUUGUAGCAAAUGUCGAUGCCAACAGCAACCC